AUGCUCCAAUAUCACUUUCCAAGUGCCAGUGAGGUCAGAGUACCCCUGAAUUUGCCUCGAGAAGUUCUUCUUAGCAAGAACUUGAAGAUCGAAGCGGAGCAAAAACCAAAAGCUCCUCUCUAUACGAAUACUCCCAUAAGCAAAAGCUUCAACACUAACGAACAAGAAUACGAAAAUCCACUCAACGACAUACUACAAGAAAGUAGAAAACUCAUAAAUGCCUAUGUGUUGGCAUACCCUGAGACAAAAGAAAGCGAGCAACAACCAGCUCCAAACCCCAAGAAGAACAGAUCUCGCAAAUCCUCCAGCAAAAAAAAGAUUCGUGGAACAAAGAGAACCAGACUGCAAAACGAAAGCUCACUUGAAGAAGUUAUACAAGAAAAACAGAACCUGCCCGAGCAAGAUAGCUCAGCUUGCAACACUCCAAUUCCUAACAAGACUAUAUAUUUUUCACCAUCCGGAUCUUCGAAGAAAAAGCACCAGAACUUGCUACAAUCCACUCCUGUUUCAGUAUUGAAAGAAGCUACCUUAAACCUCCAGAAGUCAAAUAAAGUCCUCAAGAUAGAUAAGGCUACACUAGUAACCAAAUUGCAAGAAGAAAGCCAAAAGGAAAACUUUUUGGCGGAAGCAACUGCGGAUGAUUCUGAAUACGACGAUUUAGCCUGUCACGCCGACAACAUCUUAAGAAUGGCCGUAGAUUCUACUAUGUUGGGUUCCUUCAAUGGUUCCAUAUCAUCUUCGUUUUCAAAUACUUUCGCUAAUGAUUCUGUAUUAGGCAUAAAAAUGAGAAAGAAGUAUCCCGAUAUUUUGGAUGAUGAUAUUGCCGACAAGAGUUUGCUCGAGUUAAGGUCUUCAAGAUGGAACACUUUGGACAGAAUGAAGGCUUCCAAGAUUGAAAUUAAUGCUGAAGAUUUACAAGCUGCCGUUAACGAAUAA